UCCAUCCACAACACGGCACACAGAGAGAGGAGAGAGAGACUCUCGUCGGUACGCGAGGCGGAGUGUGUGGUGAGAGGUGGUGAGGCGGCUCAAACAGCGGCCCCGCUCGAUCAAAUAAGCGACCGCGCGCGCGACCGACGAGCGGCCGUCACACCGUAUAGUGGUUGGUGUUGUUUCGCGCACUCGUCCACGUCGUACAACACGCGAGCGAGAGCCUGGGCUCUUUCCCUGUCGUCAGCCUUGCGCUCGUCGUGCCCUCCAUGGUGUUGAGGUAACAAUUACCUCUAUCUCUGCCGCGGGGGGUACUUUACUCUCGCGUUCGCGUCCGCUCCCGUCCGCUUCGUGCAUCGAGUGCGCAUCUUCCCGCGAACAAACGGACUGUGCAUUGUAUUCUGGGAAGAAGAGGAACGAGAAAUUCAACAAAGUUCAUCUCAGUUGCCCCUCGUCUACUUCGCUCCGCUGACGUAGUGCGCGCCGUCCCCGAGAAACCCGUAAAGGUACCGCUCGUAACUUUCUUCUCAUGCGAGGAGUAGCGUUUUAGUAGUUCUCCUUCUUAGAGAGUGAAGAAGGUUGUGAAGAAAGUUCCAUCGACGCAAAGUGCCGUUCAGUGCAUUGCUGCUCCGAGGAAGAAUAUUUGGUGAAGUUUUUCUGGUGAAUUUAAGUGCGAGAGCCAGAUUCUCAGAUAGUCGCCGAGCCUUCCCGCGCGUCUUCCGUGCGUACGACUCUACGAGGAUCAUCUCUUGAGUGAGUUGACACUCGACAGUUAGUAAUAGAAAACUAAGUAGAGAGAACUUUUUAGUUAUAACGAGCUGGACGCGCGGACCGAUUUCGGAUUAUCCUGGUGGAAAAAUUAAAGGAAUACCCGACUGCCAGCAGCCGUGGUACCGCGGAUUUCAUGAUUCCCGUUUGACAACGACGACGCGACAGCAGGCCACCCCGGCACCGGUGAGCUCUAUGACCAUGCUUCAGUCGCAAAAGCUAUACACCGAUGCGGGUGCCAUGACCAGCGCCGCGAUGUCCAGUAUGGGCAGCAUGGCGCCCACGUACAGCUCGAUGAGCUGCGUGCCGAUGGGCAUGUCGAUGGGAGUCGGAGUCGGACCCAGUUGCAGUCCUCAGGGCACCGGCGGCUUUAACAUGAGCACCAUGAGUUCGGCGAUGGGAAUGGCGUCAAUGGGAGGCGGCGGUAUGAGCGGUUACAACGGCGCCUCCAUGAGUGCUAGCAGCGCCUGUAUGAGCGCCGUCGGAUACGGCCCUCUGACUCCCGGUGGAGGUACCGGCGUUAGCCGAGAUCCUCUCGCUCUGACAGAACCAGACUCGUUGAACUCAGACCUUCAGCGUGCCCGUAGCGACAAGUCUUACAGACGUAGUUACACUCACGCGAAGCCUCCGUACUCUUACAUCAGCCUGAUCACCAUGGCGAUACAAAACGCACCUCACAAAAUGUUGACCCUUUCGGAGAUCUAUCAAUUUAUCAUGGAUCUGUUUCCAUUCUAUAGACAGAAUCAACAACGUUGGCAAAAUUCUAUUAGGCACUCCCUGAGUUUUAACGACUGUUUUGUCAAGGUACCGCGUACACCGGAUAAACCCGGCAAGGGGUCAUUCUGGACGCUACAUCCCGACAGCGGCAACAUGUUCGAGAAUGGCUGUUAUUUACGACGUCAGAAGAGAUUUAAAGAUGAGAAGAAGGAGCUGACCAGGCAGAGUAACAAACACCAACAGCAUCAGCAGCAUCAGGCAACAGCGGCUGCGGUGGCAGUGGCGUCCGGUGCGACCAUUGCCCGUCAGCAUAGUCCACCUACUCACGAAGGCGCGCCUGGUUCCAAGAAGACCGGUUCGUCUAUUCAUCACGGUGGCCCUCAGCAGCAGGACGAUAAGGACUUGCACUCGUUGGUAUCUUCGCAUCAUCAUCAUCACACGAGUUUGCAUCAGCAUCACACCACUUUGAAAAGCGACACUACGGAUAUUGGCGGUCUUCUCGGGCCUGAUCUCAGCGCCGCGCACGACGAGCUCACCGCGAUGGUCAGCCGCGGCAUCCAUCCACAAUUGUUGUCCGACACCGCGAGUCUGCACCACGGUAUGACAGGCAGUUUGAAGCAGGAGCCGCUUUACGGAACGGCGGCCAAUCAUCCGUUCAGUAUCAACAGGUUAUUGCCGCGCGACACGGCCGGAACUUCCCCUGGUGCCCAGGAUACCAAGCCGCCCGAGAUGAAGAUGUACGAGCAGUUGCACCAGAGCUACGCCAACUUCGGCUCGCCGCAUCAUUCGCACGCGCACUCGGCGCCGCCGAGCCAUCAUCAUCAUCAUAACGGCAUGCACGCCGGUACGAACGCUGCCGGGCCAAUGCACAUGACGAAUCAUCAUCAUCAGGAGUACUAUCAGAGCCCGCUUUAUCAUCACGCGACGAGCGUGGCCACUACGAGCGCUCCACCGCCGCCCGCUGUCGCCACCGCGGCGCCGGGCUUGUGACAUCACGCUACCCACCCUUACGCUUUGGCCUGAGUCGCUGCCGCCGCGGCCUACGUCGCGACCGCCGCCGCACCGAUACCAACCCCGAUGCCAGAUCUGCCCGCGAUCACGGUGACCGCGACGAACGCGGCGCCGACGUCGCCCGCAACCUCAUCGACCUUCUCGUCAUCACCGCGAGCGCAGCCACGACGACGCGCACGUCGUCCCGACAACAAUGACGAUGACGUCGUCGACGCCGUCGUUUGCUGGCCACCCGAAGACGAUGACGAGUACGAUGAUGAGAACGA